UGAGGUCCGCAUGUAUUUGCAAGGAAGUUUGAAUGGAAUUCCCUUAAGUUUGAUGAGUAACGCCGAGAUAGCUCUGCGGGUGGAAGCCCAUUUCAAUUUUGGAAAGAUUGGAUGCAUCACCUACGAACCAGUACACACAGCUGGCAUACUGAGAACUUUGUCCUUCCUUUCUGGGCCCAGUUCUACGGAUAUAUGUAAUCAGGUUAUACAUAAGAUGCGUGCAGAGUUUCGCAAAUUUUACAAAUCCUGUGUGCAGAUGAGGGGGGAUUUGGUUCAACCAAAGAAUAAUCGGCUAUCCUACUACCGACUGGAAGCGCAUGAACCAUUUUACGAACUCGAUGAAUUGCUCUAUUUGGAAAAGCAUGCCCAACUAGUGUAUGAACUCAAUAAACCAUAUAUGAGCUGUGAAUACAACGGAUAUAUUCAACUGGAACAAUUGCCUGAUCGUCAGUCGGACGGACGCAACUGACAAUAUGCAUAUAAUUGCGGAGGAAAAC